CUGACCCCUCUCAUCCUUGUCACAAACUGUUUCAGACACUCCCCACAGCAGGAGGCUGCAAUCUAUCAGGACCAGAACUUCACGCCACCAAAACGACAUCUUCCCAUCCGCAGCUGGCCUCAUCCACAAGAGAUGGAUGGAGAUGAUGGCGCCCAGUUCAGAACCCUCAAGAAGAGGAGGAAUCUGACUGAUGAUCUGCAGUUCAAAGAAGAGGACGUGGCUCAUGAGGGCAUGAGCCCACAAGAGGAGGAUCUGCUAGACCAGGAACUGCUCCAGGAAGAGACGGACGAGGAGGAGAUGGAACCUGAUCCUGAGGCAAAGCAUGAGCCUGAUUGGGUUUCUUAUCCCUCCUACUCUGACUCGGAUUUAAACGCACCAAAUCCUAUCCCAUUUACUCCUAGACGUCCUUUGGGUAUUGACUUAGGAAACGUAUGUCGGGCUCUGGGGUCCGGCACAAAGAAGAUGUCGCGAGAAAUUAACUUUUUCAUGCUGUUUUUUACUGAGGCUGUAGUUGCUGACAUAUGCAGCUUUACAAAUCAUCAGGGGUGGGCGCUCGUCCUAAACUGUCCAACAUAUUCCAGCGACAAAGGAACUUGGAUGGAGGUGACCAUCAAUGAAUUUUACACAUUUCUUGGUUUGUUCAUUUACAUGGGGUUUUCAGUUCUCCCUGAUGUCCAUCGCCAUUGGGGAACCAAGUCACUUCAGGGUUCGUGGGCAAGGGGAUUUAUGUCGCGUGACCGCUUCAAGGCUAUUUUGGCAGCUCUACAUGUUGUAGACCCUCUCAAGGAGGAUAAUCCUGAUCGCCUUAAUAAAUUGUGUUAUCUUACGGACCACCUAAAACAAAAAUGCCAACAACUCUUUCAGCCUAACCAAAAUCUCUCAAUAGAUGAACGUAUGGUCAAGUCUAAAGGUCGGUCAGGAUUUAAACAAUACAUGAAGCGCAAGCCUACUCUGUGGGGUUUCAAGUUAUGGGUAAUUGUAACAUCAGACUCGGGGUAUACUCUGGACUUUAAUAUCUACACAGGUAGCAGUGUUGAGCGUGACACUGACUUGGCCACCACAGUAGUUGAAUCGUUACUGCAGCCAUUCGAAGACCAGGGCCACAAUGUUUGGUUUGACAACUUUUACACAUCCCCAGCUCUCAUGGUGAAGUUGUUAGAAAUGGGAAUUAACGCCUGUGGGACAUGCAAGGCGAAUCGGAAACAGAUUCCCGCAGAAUAUAAAGACGUCAAAAGAUGGGAACGCACGACAACCCGUGGGGAUAUGAGGUGGUGUAGGAUUGAGGGGAAUAUACUUCUAAUCCAGUGGAGGGACACGCGUGCCGUCACAUGCCUGUCUAAUUUCCACAGUGCGAAUGACGCGACUGAAACAACUAGGUUUGUAAAAAAUGGUGGGAACUGGACAAAGGAAGUAUCCCCCCAGCCCACUGUCAUCAGUGAUUAUAACAAAAACAUGGGUGGUGUUGAUAGGUCAGACCAAAUGAUAAAAUCGUAUGGCUUCCUACAAAAAACGAAUAAGUGGUGGAAGACUCUUUUUUUCCACUUCAUAGACAUUUCCGUAGUAAAUAGUUUCAUAUUGUUUAAGGAAUGGCAACUUAUUCAUGCGGAACCAGCGGAUGUGUCUAGAAUAAUGAACUUGACACAGAUAGAUUUCAGAGAAAACCUGGCACGUCAGCUGGGAGGUAUCGAUAUUCAAGCGAGCUUCCCUUUGCAUUCAUCAAAGCGUGUUGUCCCUCCUUCACCUCCAUCAUCAGUCCACACAGCCCAUGUCCCUAUAUUGGAAGAGUCCUCUCGGAGAUGUUGGCUAUGCUAUCGGAAACAAAAGGCUGAGCAUAAAACCAAAGUAGUUUGUGCCGCACCAGAAUGUAAUGGCAAGAGACUUUGCUUGGUUCGUGAUAGGAACUGUUUUCAGUCUUGGCACUCGGCUGAGUGUGACCAGUUUCGUUAAGCGGCUCAGGUUCUAAAUAGAAAAGGUUGUGUUGUUGCUGUCUUUUCCCCCUGCCUCUUUUCGCCCUCUCUUCUCUUCACAGGUAUUGCAGUUGUUAAGUGUUGAUACAUGUAUGUAUUUUCUGUUCAUGCCAUAUAUUGCACCCUUGCCAUUUUUGCACCCACAUAAUAUUUGCACUAAGCACCCUAUUUGUAUUUUUAUAUUGUACAUGAUAGCUAUUUUAUACUUUAUAUUAAUUUUAUUUUGCAUACCUGUCCCCUUAGUAUUAGUUAAUUAGACUUUGCACCCUUUGUAGACUUGUUUAAACUUAAACCACUUAUUUAAGAUAUAUUCCUAUAUGUUGAAUGUAUCUACCUUCCUGCCAAAGUAAUUUACUUGUCUGUGCCAACUUUCAUGGCGAUUAAAACCAUUUUUGAUUCUGA